AUGGUUAAGAGGAUUCCGACGCCGAAGGGUGACGACUCAACUUUGAUCAUCGACGUCAGCCCAUGGCGCAGGGUGCCGCUCGUUUUCAUCAACUUGCUCCUCUUCACCUUCAGCUGCGUUGUCUCGUUCAUAUGCUUGGCAUCCAUAUAUGAGCGGAGCGAUGAGAUCUCGUUCGUGAACCGCUCACUGCUCAUCAGUUUCGUGGUGAACAUGGAAGUCUCGGUGCUGUUCAUCUCCGGUCUUGUACUCGUCAUCAGCUUCACGGGGUUCAUGGGUGCCCUGCGCGAGAACAUAUGUUUCCUGCGCUGGUACGUCAGAGGCCUCUGUCUGCUUUUGAUUAUCACCGUUAUCUUCAUCGCUGGUGCCUUGAUCCUCCCCUUCCUCAGCAAGAACAGUGCCCAGAGCUUGUUCAGCAUUGACCUCAUAAUCAGCUACCGGGACAACCCAGACUUCGCACGACUCGUCGAUUUUGCUCAGUCUCCUGUUGAAAACGGUUAUCUUGGCUGCCACGUGGCGCAGGCUUCGUUCAGCUGUUGCGGCAUCACAACCGAGCGAUACCAUGAUUGGGGCCACAACAUCUAUUUCAACUGCUCACCGUCUAACCCGAGCACGGAGCGCUGCUCGGUUCCCGCCUCCUGUUGUCGGCCACUGGAAGGCGAGAGCCCGAGCCUUGAGACUCGCCUGAAGCGCCGCUUCUGUGGUUCCGGAGUGCUCUCGAUGACCGAACAGCAAGCCUGGCAAAAGAUCCACACGCGCAGUUGCGUGGAUGCCUGCGUGUCGUUCAUGCGUGCCAACGCGCUGAUCACGAUCGGCAUUGGCUUCGUCGCUUACGCGGUGCUCAGCGUGCUGAGCAGCAUGGCGAACACGGUCCACGACGAGGUCGUCUCGCUGACGCGCCUCUACGACAAGUACUACCGCAGGAGGGCGCAGGGCGCGCGUAAGUCCCUGGCACAGCGGGAAGCGCUGCAACAACUGCGCGCCGCCAGAGACCACCUGGUCAAGAAACACUCGAAGCCAGGGCGCAACUAUUCCGUCAGCCGGAUGACAUCAAAAGCCAGCUGGCGUCCACCACCCGCUUACGACCACAUGCUUGCCCGUCGAGAAUCGCAGUACUACGGGGCUCCUGCGCGGCCCGGACCUGCUGCGGAAGCGGCCCUUUAA